AUGGCACGACCCACCACGAUGCUACUCCUCUUGAUGCUUCUCUUGGCUUCACUGUCCUCAUGUUUAGAAGCCAGAAAACUUGUUCUACAAAACCACCACAACAAGGUGAAUCCAUCUUCAAGAAGAGACAGUACUUUGUAUCUGAGUGCACUUCCUAAGGGCACUGUGCCACCAUCUUCUCCAAGCAAGAAAGGUCACGCCGUGGAGGUUGAUGAGAAGCUCAUAGCACGACACCUCAUAACCAUCGAUCGUGUUCUUCUAAGAUCUGUCCCUAGUCCUGUUUUUCUCUUGUGGGCCCUUGAAUCUGAUUACCUUCUACCACACCCCACCACACUCUCUCUCUCCUUCUCGCUGGAUCAAAUCAAGAUCAUAUUGACGCCGCCGCCGCCACCACCACCCUGCUGCCCAAUUCACAUGUGGGUCCCAAAUGCCUAUGGCCCUGUCAUGCCUUUCUGGCUCCCCUCCACCCACACUUCUCCCACGCGCCUCCCUAUUGCCAUCGAUAGUGAAGCACUUGAUUCGCUCCUCCCUCCCAUUGCACCCCUGGCCCACCAUCAAUCAUGCACACAACCCAGCCUUAGUUAG